UCACUUUUAUUUGUACCAAAAACUGAUCACUUGUUUUCAUCAUUUCUCCACAAACAACAUUAAAUUAAAUUUAGUUAACAGCUAUUCAGUUAAUUACUUGACUUUCUCUUUUCACCUAAUAACUGAAUUAACUGUUAAUUUACUUGUUUAAAUCCAAAAACAUCUUCAGUCCAAUUGGAAAUUCUCUUUCUCUUCUGUCUACUCAUAUUUUUCUUCUGUGUUUCUUUUUAAAUUGAGUCAUACUUUUUGUCUUAUCUGAGAAUUUCUCUUCUCUCUUUUUUUUCUCUAUUCUCUCUCUCUCUUUUUCUCUCAAAAUUUCCUUAUAAUAUUUGUUUUUCUCUCUUUUUCUCCUUCUCUCCCUGAUUCUUAUAAAUCUACUCUCUGUUUCUCUCUCUCUCUCUCUCUCUCUCUCUUACGUUUUUCUUCUUGAUAUUAUUUUUCUUCUCUUGGGUUUUCCUUUUCAUCUUUCUCUCAUUCUCACUGGUCUCCAUUUUCUUUUCUCUUUCCCUUUGGUAACAAAUUCUAUUUCAAUUUCAUCUUUCAACAUGUCCAAUUUAAUUGAUUCUAGUUUACCUGAAGAAGAUUCCAAUUGGUCUGAUCAACCUGAGCAACAACAAUCGUCACCUUUGUCAAAUAUUGGUAACAUUUCUACUGGUUUUGGUGGAUCUCCUUUCGAUGAUUAUGCUGUUCGAGAUAUGGACCUAACAAAUGAACCCUUUGGAUCUGUAACCUCAACCGUACCAGUAUCUUCAUCUAUUCCCUCUUCUGGAUCACCAACACCGUUUACACCAUCAGCUCUUGAAGGAGAUCUUCUUAAUAUGAGUACCGAUGAGGUUAAAUCAUCACCUUCACCCUUACCACCUCCAUCUUUUCACCAAAGCGCUCCAACUCCUUCACCACCUCCACCACCCUCACCAAUUACCCAAACAGUAUUGUCACAAGUUGAAUCAACCUUCAAUCAACAACCAGAAUUACCAACAACAACCACAUCACCAAUUCCAUCAACCAUCCAAGCGGAGGUUAAACCAGCCGUUGAUAUUAAACCCGAAGAACCCAAACAACAACAACAACAACAACAACCACAACAACCCAAACCUGAAGCCAAAGAAGUUAAAAAACAAGCUGAAAAGAAAGAGUCAAAAAAACCAACAAUUGAUGAUUCAUUACCUUCAUCAAGUUCCCAAUGUUGCUCCUUUUUGACAAGAUAUCCUCAUAUUACCGAUCUCCUCUAUUGGCGUGAUUUGAAAAAAAGUGGAGUAGUUUUCGUUGGUGGACUUUUACUACUCCUCUCGUUGGCAUGUUGUUCAAUUAUCUCUGUCAUCGCGAAUGGAUCGCUCUUGAUUCUUGGAUCAACCCUUGCCUAUCGAAUCUACAGCAACAUCAUGCAAGCAGUCCAAAAGACCGACGAAGGACAUCCUUUCAAGCAAUAUAUUGAAAUGGAUAUUAUCCCAUCUGAGGAAAAGGUUCAUGAGUUAGUUGACAAAACUCUUAAGCAUCUCAACGUCAUCUUAUUAAAGUUGAAAAGUAUCUUCCUCGUUGAGGAUAUUGUCGAUUCCAUCAAGUACUUUAUCGCUUUCUGGUGUUUGACGUAUGUUGGUGCCUGGUUCAAUGGAAUGACUUUGGUUACCAUGAUGUAUCUUGGCCUCUUCUCCGUUCCAAAGGUCUACGAGAUGAACAAGACAGUUAUCGAUGGUCAUCUUGGAACCAUUUGCGCCCAAAUGGAGGGUGUUUGCUCCCAAGUUAAAACAAAAUUACCAUUCCUUGCAUCCAAAAAGGACAAAGCCCAAUAGAGUAAAACUCAACAUAUUCAAAUCAAUGAUUGUAUGGAAACGUUUAUAUAAAAAGAAACACUUACACCAAACUUAACCAAAUAAGAUCUACAUUCAUCUUCAUAUAAUAUUUAUCCUCCAUUCACUUUGAAUACAAAACAUGAGACUCAAAAAUCGAGAUCGGACUCAGAAUGAAAUCGCAAAAGCAGUUAAUUGAAUUCGCAACCAGAAAUCAUCUCCAAUUCCCUUUUCUCUCUCUCUCAUUCUUUAAAUACACAAUCUGAUCACUUUAAUUAUCACCGCUGCUUCUUGAUUGUUUAGACCAUUUUGUUUAUACAAUUAAGUAUUUAGAUCUCUCCAUGAAAUGCUAAUACGUUUGAUGGAAAGUAAACUUAAGUUAUCAAUAGAAAUUCGGGUUUUUUUUCGUUAA